UGAGAUGGUUGUCGUGGGCUACGGACCGACUAACCCCAACAGUACUCCAUACUGGAUCCUCAAGAACAGCUAUGGCACAGGAUGGGGAAUUGAUGGAUAUAUGCACAUGGUGCGCGACAGGAACACGUGUGGCAUAGCAGUUGAUGCGGGACACCCUAUUGUAUAGUGUCUUCGUGCCAAUUAUUAUUUUACUUCACACAUUAUGUUACUACAUGAGCAGCAACUGG